GAUUACGUAAUAUUGCGAAAUUUUAGUUACUAACCGGUUUGCAUGUUGUCAAAAUAUUCAUUUUAGUUCAGUGAGACAAUUUCGUGUUAGUUGUUUGUGUACCUUUCGGAUUCAAUUCAACCUGUGGAAAAGUGUACAUUAGUUUAUUGAGACAUAAUAGUUCUAAGAAACAGGAAUAGAGAAAUCAUGGAAAAUUUGUGGAAGAAAGAAAAUUCGAUUAAAUAUGUUGAUAUGUUCGAUUGCUGGGAGGGAAACGGUGAACGGAAUGAUUUAACUGAAAUUAAUGAAACAUCAAAUAAGUUGGAAACGAUAAAAUUUCUCAAGAAUAAUACAAAAUCAACGGAAAGUCGACUACUUGGAAAUAAUUACUUUGCUAAAAACGAUUGGCAUAUGGCAAUGGACUUGUAUAAUAAGAGUUUGCGUUCCGCAGAAGUUGAUAGUGAGAAUGUUGCAUUGGUGUACUCUAACAGGUCGGCAUGUUUCUUCCACCUUAAUAUGUUUGCUGAAGCCUUGGUAGACAUUGAGCUCGCCAAGAAAGGAAAUUUACCGGAUCGCCUUUUGCCAAAGCUUGAGCAACGUAGAAAACAAUGUCUGAAAGAAUUGGCCAAUCCAAUGAUAAGACGGAUGGAAGAAAGUCAACCUAAAUUGGACUUUGAAGCCAAUAAAAAAUUCCCUUGUUUGGCUAACUUAGUGGAGAUGAAAUAUAACCAAGAAUUUGGUCGACAUUUGGUGGCUAGUAGAGACAUUCCAGAUGGUAAAAUAAUUUUGUUGGAAAAAUAUUUUGCGGUGAGUCGAACUGACGAUUUUUCCGUAUGUUAUACAUGCUUUCGCAGCAUUUUCUCCAAUUUUCUUGCAUGCAACCAGUGCACGUCAGUUAUGUUCUGUAAUAUUGAGUGCAUGAAGCAAAACCAAACUCAUAAAUGGGAAUGUGGCACAUUUUUUGCGAUGAAGUUUUUCGAUAAAGUUCAAACACAACAACCUGAUGGUACGACUCGAACAAGACUAAUUGCUCAAACGGUUUUAAAUGCCAUUUCAACAUUUUCGGAUGUGGAGCUCUUGAUGCAGUUUGUUGAAACCACAUUGGGUGAAGAUCCUGAUCAAUUGCCGACAUCAUUGCACGACCAAGUCUCAAAUUAUCAUUUCUUUUUUAAACUCAAGAGAAGAAUGGUAACACCGUUGGAUGAAGUGAAACGCCUGUACAUGUACACAAUUGCACUACCAAAAAUACGAGCUUUGUUUGACAGUGAGGAAAAGCGGCGUUUCUUGAUGCAUUUGGUCGCACAUCAUUCAUUUAUUGUAGCAGCAAAUUCAAUUGGUCACGAUGGAACCUGUAAAGUGGUCAAUGUUUUCUCACUGUUUAACCAUUCAUGUGUAUCAAACGUGAACAAAACAUCGCACAACAAGUCUUUUAUCUGUACGACAACUCGGCCAGUGAAGAAAGGGGAACAGCUUUUCAUCAAUUAUUUAAAUCCGGCCGAAAUGAAGUUGACAAGUGAUCGCCGUCAAGAAUUACUUAAAUUGUCUUGGGGCUUUGAAUGUAUGUGUCAAAAAUGUGUUCACAACGCCUAAUGUGUGAUUACUUUCUGAUGGUGAAAUAGUAU